AGAGUUCCCAAUGUCUUGGAAGUUCGUAACGCUGUUCAUCCUCGAGAUUUUAGUCGCAGUAGAAGCGGAUGAGGUCUGUCUGCAACUGUCACCGUCCCCGGAGCUGGAAAAGUUCGUCGACGUUCUUCCAACGCCACCGAAGAUAUACUUGAGCCCACGCUACAGAGUUACCAUUGGAGCUUACAAAAUCACCCAGAAACUGCACAGAGACUUGCCACCAACAACACUGUAUGCAUUCGGCACGAGCGAGUAUACAGCUUCAUAUCCGGGUCCAACUUUGAUAGCCCAAAAGAGAGAAACAUCCUUUGUCCGAUGGGAAAAUCACAUUCCAGAUCGUGAACACUUUCUUCCAGUCGACUAUACGAUCCUAGGGGCGGGUCCGCGCUACGGCUACAUUCCCGUGGUCCCUCAUCUCCAUGGACAAGAGGGCUCGAGCUGGUCCGACGGGCAUCCAGAAGCCUGGUUUACAUCAGUUGGCGAGCGGGGCCCGGGUUACGUGACGCAAAACUACGUCUAUCCCAACUUUCAGCGCCACUCGCUCCUGUGGUAUCACGACCACACUUACGGCAUGACCCGGCUCAACAUGGCUGCUGGCUUGGUCGGAGUUUACGUGAUAGAGUCGCCGUGGGAAGAUCCAUCCUGGGUCCCGAGAAACUACGUGCUUCUGGUGAUCCAAGACAAGAAGUUCUUCAGCGACGGCUCCAUAAACUAUCCCAGUGUUGGGAGCCAUCCGGCAGUUCGUCCGCAGUGGUGUCCGGACUACUUUGGUGAUACCAUUCUGGUGAACGGGAAGGUGUGGCCUUACAUCGAAGUCUGGCCGGUGGUGGUGAGGUUCCGGGUGCUGCUUGCGGCAAACUCGAGAUUCUUCAUCCUCAACUUGAACGACACGAGCUUGAGCUUCAUCAAGAUUGGCACGGACGGGGGAUACCUGGCGACUCCGAUAAGGCAGAAGAAGCUCAGGCUCUCUCCUUCCGAGCGAGUCGACAUUCUUAUCGACUUUCGCGGAGUGAAGCCCGGGGAGAGAGUUCUCUUGUACAACACCGCGCCGGCUCCAUUCCCGAGUGGAAGCGUCACCGAGCAAGAGGUUCUCCUGUUCAAAGUAAUCAACUGGCAGACCAACGCUACCAUCGACGAAGACGACGAUGACAUCCCGCAAGCACUCACUCCAAGCGAGCUGGCCGAGUUGCCAACGCUAUCGAUCAUCAAAGCCACGGCCGGAGUAGAUCUCUCGUACGUCGACUGGGCGUCAACUUAGAACCGGCCUUUCGUCCACCGUGUA